ACUCCACACCAGUCUCCCAACCUCCAUCAUUGUCUCUCUUACUCUUAGAAAAUACAUCACAAAGAAUUUCACUCUCAGAAAGAAGAAAAAAAUGAUCAGCCAGAAGAAAUUUUCAUUGCGAUUACUAUUAACUAUUUGUACAGUCUUCGCGUUUCUUUGCUUUGUCUCUUCUCCAGUUGAGGCAGCCGUUAAAAGAUAUCAGUUUGAUAUCCAAGUGAAGAAUGUGAGCAGAUUGUGCCAUGCAAAACCUAUUGUGACCGUUAAUGGGAUGUUCCCAGGGCCGACAAUCUACGUUAGAGAGGGAGACAGAGUUCUUGUCAAUGUGACCAACCAUGCACAGUAUAACAUGUCCAUUCACUGGCACGGGUUGAAGCAGUACAGAAACGGUUGGGCAGACGGGCCGGCUUAUAUAACUCAGUGUCCGAUCAUGAUGGGUAGUAGCUAUGUGUACGAUUUCAAUGUAACAGGACAAAGAGGUACAUUGUGGUGGCAUGCACAUAUUCUGUGGCUAAGGGCCACUGUGUAUGGUGCAAUUGUGAUCAUGCCUAAACAAGGGACUCCCUUUCCCUUCCCUCAGCCAGAUAGAGAGGAAGUGAUCUUGUUAGGAGAAUGGUGGAACGCAGACGUUGAGGCGGUGGAGAAGCAAGGAAAUAGCUUGGGAUUGCCUCCAAAUAUGUCAGAUGCGCAUACGAUAAAUGGAAAGCCUGGGCCAUUGUUUCCAUGCUCUGAGAAAUAUACAUUUGCAAUGGAAGUUGAACAAGGAAAGACGUACCUCUUACGGCUCAUCAAUGCUGCCCUCAACGACGAACUGUUCUUUGCAAUUGCUGGUCACAACAUGACAGUAGUUGAGAUUGAUGCCGUCUACACUAAGCCGUUUUCCACUCAGGCUCUGCUGAUCGCACCCGGUCAAACAACAAACGUGCUAGUCCGAGCCAAUCAGAUCCCGGGACGAUACUUCAUGGCUACAAGGCCUUUCAUGGAUGUCCCCAUUCCCAUAGACAACAAAACUGCAACAGCCAUACUGCAGUACAAAGGCAUCCCCAACACUAUUAUCCCAACACUUCCGAACCUGCCUAGGCCUAAUGAUUCAGCAUUUGCCUUCAGCUAUGAAGAGAAGCUCAGGAGCCUAAACUCUCCACAGUUUCCAGCAAAAGUGCCCUUAAAAGUCGACAGACACCUUUUCUACACCAUCGGCCUUGGACGAAACGCUUGUCCAUCCUGCAUAAACGGCACCCGCCUAACGGCUUCUCUGAACAACAUCUCCUUUGUGAUGCCCCAAGUGGGACUUCUCCAGGCGCAUUACUUCAACAUGAAAGGCGUUUACACUACCGACUUCCCAGAUAACCCUCCGACUCCUUUUAACUACACGGGAGCACCACUGACGGCGAAUCUUGGGACUUCCAAGGGUACAAGACUUAGCAGAAUCUCGUUCAACUCAACAGUUGAAUUGGUGCUGCAAGACACAAACUUGCUGACCGUCGAGUCCCAUCCAUUCCACCUCCACGGCUACAACUUCUUUGUCGUGGGAACAGGCAUUGGAAACUUUGAUCCCACAAAGGAUCCAGCCAAGUAUAACUUAGUUGAUCCACCGGAAAGAAACACGGUAGGCGUGCCAACGGGUGGAUGGACUGCUAUUCGCUUCAGAGCUGAUAAUCCAGGGGUGUGGUUCUUUCACUGUCAUUUGGAGCUGCACACAGGUUGGGGACUGAAAACAGCGUUCGUAGUAGGAGAUGGGCCAGGGCCUGACCAGAAAGUCCUGCCUCCACCAAAUGACCUUCCACCCUGCUAGUAGAGUUGAAUUGAUUAUUUCGAGACGGAUUUCAUACGUCGCUUCUGAAAUGUACAGAUAAUUGUGAAUGCCUCAGUUGAAGAAUGAGGCGGAGAUACUGAUAAAUCUGGGGAGAGAAGCGAAAAGGAUCUUCUUUCAGGCAUUUAUGUGUGUGUUUGUGAAUGGAUUUGUUUCAAACUAAAUUGUAAUAAUGUCCCAAUAAGUGGGAAUGGAUGUUUGUUUUCUUCUAUUUUGUGUUUCCAAAAUUUGAAAAUGGACUCAGCACACCAUCAUUUACUGAAACUGAAAUUUCUUUCUUACCUUA